AUGGUUCAUCUUGCAUCAAUUCCUACCAACAAGGACAUUGGGAAACCACUUGUCGAGGGUAUGGAAAAGCUGAAGGUAGCUGAACAGAGCGAUCAAGAUCAGUUCACGACCAGUGUAUAUGGAUCCAGGUUCGCAUCUGAAGAUCUGCCAAAGCAUGAGAUGCCAGAGACGGAGAUGCCAAAGGAGGUUGCAUACCGCAUGAUCAAAGACGAUUUAUCUCUGGAUGGAAAUCCAAUGCUGAAUUUGGCUUCCUUCGUCACAACUUACAUGGAAAAAGAAGUCGAGGACCUCAUGACCGAGUCAUUUUCGAAGAACUUCAUCGAUUACGAAGAAUACCCUCAAAGUGCCGAUAUCCAAAACAGAUGCGUUUCCAUGAUCGGUCGAUUGUUUAACGCACCCCUCGAUGGAGACAUGGCUCCUGUCGGAACAUCCACAGUUGGGUCUUCUGAAGCUAUUAUGCUGGCAGUAUUGGCAAUGAAGAAGAAAUGGAAGAACGCACGACAGGCUGCUGGAAAGCCUACCGACAGACCAAAUAUUGUUAUGUCCUCAGCUGUGCAGGUCUGCUGGGAGAAGGCCGCGAGAUAUUUCGAGGUCGAGGAGAAAUAUGUUUACUGCACGGAGAAUCGAUACGUGAUUGAUCCAGAGGAGACGGUUAGUCUUGUUGAUGAGAAUACUAUUGGUAUCUGCGUCAUUCUGGGUACAACAUAUACUGGACAGUAUGAGGAUGCUAAAGCGGUCAAUGAUUUGUUGAUCAAGAAGAAUAUCGAUACGGUUAUUCAUAUCGAUGCUGCUAGUGGUGGGUUUGUAGCACCAUUUGUUGUACCUGAGCUAGAAUGGGAUUUUCGACUCGAAAAGGUUGUCUCUAUUAAUGUUUCUGGUCACAAAUACGGUCUCGUAUAUCCAGGUGUCGGAUGGGUCGUCUGGAGAGCUCCCGAAUACCUUCCAAAAGAGCUCGUCUUCAACAUCAACUAUCUAGGAGCGGAUCAAUCCUCCUUCACUUUGAACUUCUCAAAAGGAGCUUCCCAAGUCAUCGGCCAGUAUUAUCAACUCAUCCGUCUCGGAAAACACGGCUACCGAGCCAUCAUGGGCAAUCUCACCCGCACAGCCGAUUACCUCGCCGAAUCCCUAGAACAACUAGGCUUCGUCCUCAUGUCCGAGAAGAACGGCAAAGGUCUCCCUCUCGUCGCCUUCCGCAUCGACCCCAAAUCCAACAAACACUACGAUGAAUUCGCCAUCGCCCAUCAACUCCGCCAACGCUCCUGGGUCGUCCCAGCUUACACCAUGGCGCCUCACACCAACGACCUCAAGAUGCUCCGUGUGGUCGUCCGCGAGGAUUUCUCGAAAUCAAGAUGUGAUCAGUUGCUCGACGAUAUUAAACUGUGCCAGGGAGUCCUGGAUAAGAUGGAUAAAGAUGAGAUCAAGAAACAUAAUGAUUUUAUAAGGCUGAAUCAGAGUCAUUCGGGGAGACGACAGAAUGUGCAUCCGCAUUAUAGGAAUGAGAAACAUAGUUUGCAGGGGAAGACAGGGAAGACUCAUGCUGCUUGCUAA